AUGGAUAGAGAACAAGAAGAAAUGCAGUUUCUUGGGGUCUUUGGAAUAUACAAAGAAGCCUACAAGAUCAUCUUGUCAUGGAGAAAGAUCUUCAGUCAGAUAACUCUUGCUCUGAUUCUCCCUUUGUGUUGCAUCUUCCUAGCUCACAUCGAGGUAUCAAACGUCCUCUUUGCAAAGAUUAUCAAUAACGAAGAAGAGCUAGAGGAGACACAAGCCGGCACCCGGAAAUACGAGAAACUAUCUGAUAUGAUUUCCUCCGAAUGGGCCUAUUUUUGGCUCUUCAAAUUUGUAUACUUCACCUUCCUUCUUAUAUUCUCUCUUCUAUCAACUGCAGCUGUUGUUUACACCAUAGCUUGUAUUUACACGGCACGAGAAGUGACAUUCAAGAAGGUCAUGAGUGUUGUCCCUAAGGUUUGGAAGAGGCUCAUGGUCACGUUUUUGUCCAUCUUUAUUGCUGUUUUUGUAUACAACGUUGUUUCUAUGCUAGUCAUUAUUACAUGUGUAUUUUUAAUUGCACCCAUCAAAGUUGGUCUUCCAGUUCUCUUCCUUUUAUUGGUGCUAUACUUCAUUGGGCUUGUGUACAUGAGCAUAAUUUGGCAAUUGGCAAGUGUUGUGUCCGUGUUGGAAGAGGCAUCUGGGAUUAAAGCCAUGCUGAAGAGCGGGGAACUGAUUAAAGGCAAGAUGUGGAUGGCUAUAAUUAUAUAUUUCAUGCUAAAUCUUUCUUAUGCAGCAUUACACAUCGUGUUUGAGAAGAUGGUUGUGCACGGGUCGUCGCUAGGCAUAUUGAACAGGUUAUCAUUUGGGAUUCUCUGUUUACUCUUACUUCUUGUGUUGUUUUUGUUUGGACUUGUUAUCCAGACAGUGAUCUACUUUGUUUGCAAAUCUUACCAUCAUGAAAAUAUUGACAAGUCGGCUCUGUCGGAUCACCUCGAAGUUUAUCUGGGCGAGUAUGUUCCUUUGAAGUCCAAGGAUGUACAGCUAGAGCAAUUCGAUGUUUGA